AUGAAGAGAUUACUGCUUCUGUUUUUGCUCUUUAUAACAUUUUCUUCUGCAUUUCCUACAAACCGAAAGACAGAAAAUGAAGAAAACAUACAACUGGCUCAGGCCUAUCUCAACCAGUUCUACUCUCUUGAUCUGGAAGGAAGCCACAUGGUUCAAAGCAAGAACAGGAGCCUCAUAGAUGGCAAAAUUCGGGAAAUGCAAGCAUUUUUUGGAUUGACAGUGACAGGAAGACUGGACUCUAGCACUCUUGAGAUCAUGAAAAUCCCCAGGUGUGGGGUACCUGAUGUGGGUCAGUAUGGCUACACUCUCCCAGGGUGGAGAACGUACAACCUCACAUACAGGAUUGUGAAUUAUACCCCAGACAUGGCACAAGCUGAUGUGGAUGAAGCUAUCCAAAAAGGCUUGGAAGUAUGGAGCAAAGUUACUCCCCUAACAUUCACCAAGAUUUCCAAGGGGGUUGCAGACAUCAUGAUUGCCUUUAGGACCCGAGUCCAUGGUUGGUGUCCUCGUUAUUUUGAUGGCCCCUUGGGAGUCCUUGGCCAUGCCUUUCCUCCAGGUCAGGGCCUAGGUGGAGAUACUCACUUUGAUGAGGAUGAAAAUUGGUCCAAGGAUACAGCAGGAUUCAACUUAUUCCUUGUGGCUGCCCAUGAAUUUGGUCAUUCACUGGGGCUCUCUCACUCCAAUGAUCAGACAGCCUUGAUGUUCCCAAAUUAUGUAUCCCUGGAUCCUAACAAAUACCCACUUUCUCAAGAUGAUAUCAAUGGAAUCCAAUCCAUCUAUGGUCUGCCUAAGUCACCUGCUAAACCAAUGGAACCCCCUAUACCUCAUGCCUGUGACCCUGACUUGACAUUUGAUGCUAUCACCACAUUCCGCAGAGAAGUGAUGUUCUUUAAAGGCAGGCACCUGUGGAGGAUCUAUUUUGAUAUUACUGAUGCUGAAUUUGAAUUAAUCUCUUCCUUCUGGCCAUCUCUGCCUACUGAUAUUCAAGCUGCAUAUGAGAAUCCCAAAGAUCAGAUUCUGGUUUUUAAAGAUGACAAGUUCUGGGUAAUCAGAGGCUAUGCUGUCUUGCCAGAUUACCCCAAAUCUAUUAAUAUGCUUGGCUUUCCAAGAUAUGUGAAGAAAAUUGAUGCAGCUGCCUGUGAUCACAACACAAAAAAAACCUACUUCUUUGUCGGCAUUUGGUGCUGGAGGUAUGAUGAAGUGACCAGAACCUUGGACAAAGGGUUCCCACAGCGCGUGGUAAAAUACUUCCCAGGAAUUGGUCUCCGAGUUGAUGCUGUUUUCCAUCAUAAAGGAUUCUUCUAUUUCUUCCGUGGAUCAAAGCAAUUUGAAUAUGACCCUAAGGCAAAGAAUGUUACCCGCAUGAUGAAAACCAAUACUUGGUUUCAGUGUAAAGAACCAUUAAACUCUUCAUUUGAUUUUAGUAUCAGUGAGGGAAAAGCAUAUUCUAGAGGAGUGUCAAUGUCUUAUAAGAAUAUAAAUGUGUUUGUUUACAGCAUUGUUCAUAUGCUAAAAAAAAUCUACAAUUACCAAUAA